AUGUCAUCACCGAUGUCGCUGUCUUCACCAACAACGUCCCCGGCCGAUGGGGCUCGUUUGACAAGAGACGAAGAUACGACGUCGAUGAUCGACUUGGUAAUUUCGAAGCUGGACGAUAACCCGGACGAGGUCGUGCUCUCUGGCGGGGAGGCCCGCCGCUUGGUGGCGCUUCUCAGUCGGAAGAACGAAAUCGUCCGGGAGCUGUCGAAGGUUACGGAGGACCUCAAAGAGAUCCGUUUCCUAACAAGAUACGGUGACUAUGCGAAGGAGAUGUGGACCGAUAUGAAGAGUGUGGAGAGACCUGAGUGUUUCAAGGAGUUACCAAAGCUUCCGCAGAGACCAGCCGCGACGCUACAGAAGCUGAGGGAGGAGAUGCGUGUUGCUAAGGGCCAGCCUUUAGCACCGCAUCUCAGGAAGGACGAGACCAAAGGCCGCCUCUCUGACGCCUUUGCAGCCUCCACUUCCUUCCUCCAGCCUCAUGUAGCGAUCGAGACAAGCCUUCUGGCCACGGAAGCCUACGCUGAUCGGAACGAAGCUUGCCACGCGCCGAUAGAAGACCUGAAAGCCCGCAAAGAUUCCCUUGGUCUUGCCGAUCUGAUAGACCGGGACAUGGGCGAUCUGGUCGACUGUCUGCCGGAUAGCAGAUCCGAUGAGCUGCCUCAUUGGAAACUCAUUCUCGACUACUUCAGAUAUCGGAACCUCGACCCGACGAGCGAUACAUGGAUCUUGGCCAAGGAGGAUGAUGUAGCACCUGUGCAACAUCCUUCAGACAAGGAAACCAAAGACUCUUCGGAGUCUACGGCUUCAACCACCAAUGGUUCUGCGUCGCCCAUCGGGAUCGAGGCCCUUGGAUUUAUGCUCACUCGAACGGCAACAUUCCUCUUUGAGCGCAAUCACUUCGCCAGCUGGCCAGAGUACCCAGCCCUCACCAAGUCGGAGUCUCCAGGACGACUGCGUCGUUCGACGUCAGUCCCCUGGCCUGGGGGCGAGUUUGGUCGUGUUCCUGGGCGGAAGGAGUUUUUCGUGGCCGUGGACGCGGUCCUCGAUGGACUCCUCAAGUUGGAGGAGAGCUGCUCCAGCCUCCCGGCCGCCGUACGGUUGGUCGGAGAGGUUGAUAGAGCCAUUCAAGGGGUGGUAUCAGAGGCAUUGUCCGAGGCAAAGAGGAGGGCCGAAAUUGAUCAGCACGAUGUGUAG